AUGCAUAAAGUUACAUUGUGUUUAACAUUUUUCGAAUUUCUUUAUUGUCAUAAAUUGUAUCAGAACAGAGAAAGUAACAGCAUUAAAAACAAAUCGUAUUUUCGCUGCCAAAAAAGGUUUCCAGAGGAAGCCUAUCACUACAAUGAAGAGAAUAUUUCGCAAAGAUUUUUUAAAAUAUUUGUAAAAAAGACUUAUAACGCUUUUAGAAAUGAACUUAGAAAUACUGAUUAUACAUUAUUUAAAAAUAUACUAUUAGAUAUUUGGAGAAUUAUAGGUUAUAAUGAUACAAAUAAGUUGGCUUUAUUUGUUUCAUCUAGUCUUCAUAAUACAUCUUUCUAUAAAAUCUUUGAAGCAAAUGAAGAUGAUAUGUAUAGAUCUAGGGGACUAUUAAUGAUAAAAGGAGUAAAUAAUUAUAAACUUCUAACAUAUUUAUCAUUGCUAAAAAGUAAUGAUUAUGUAAGAAAUCCAGAACUUCUAUCCAUUCCUGACUUUUAUUCUAUCUACGAUACUAUUGAAUUCUGGGAAGUCAAAUUAAAGAAUAAUUAUACGUUUGAAAAUAUGAUGAUUUCAUUACAUAUUCAAAGUUGGAUUGAUAAUAAAAGCAACCAGGAUAUAAUAAAUUGGAGAAAUAUGUACAAAAAGUUAAAAUGUGUGUAUAGAGGAAAAUAA